AAACUAUGUAGCCAAAGAUAUAAAAUUCGGGUUUUUGGCCUGGGCUCUUUGUCUUAUGCUAAAAAGGGUGUGGUGGAGCUUGCUGUUGCCGUCAAAGUCACCAUGGGUCCUAAGGAAUGAUCCUAUCAAUGAUUCCGCUGGAGUUCUCUCCAUCAACCAGUUUGGAAACCUUGUCCUCCAUGACAGUUUUAACUGUCUUCUUUGGUCUGCAAAUGUUUCUGUCCAAGUUACUGCCUCCUCUGUUGCUCAGCUUCAAGAUUCAAGAAACCUGGUAUUGAUCCAGGGGAAUAACAAAAAGUGGACUGGAAAGCAAUUUUUUUAAGUGUAGCUUGGUUGGUUUAUCAACUCAGGGAGGUAUGUGCUUCCCCUUGCCUUGUCUAAGAGAGAGGCAACUUAGCUUGUAGUGCAAUGCAAAAUUAUCUUUCCAUCUUAAUCAUAUUGGCAUUUACUAUUUAAAGUAGCAAAAGUAAUAAGUUUAAAACUCCAAACUUGUGAUCAUAUAUAGCUUGCUGAAGAAUAAUUCAUUUGUUAGUGAUCUAUUACGUUUCAGGGACUUAUCAAAAGCUCACAUGGACCCAAAAGAGUUGAUUAUUUUGGCUCUUUGGUGAUUUCAUUUUGUGAUACAC